UUAAAAAAAAUGCAUGGCUUAGGAAGAAGAUCUAAGUACCUUGUGGAGGUUAUAGUACUGAACCAGGGAUAAAUGUGACUCUUCAAAGGUCCCGUUGUGUGAUUUACCAUGGAAAAAUUGCUCUGCAGCAUCCUAGUGUUUGGAGUGGCUGUUGUGGUCAACGCUUGUCCAAAAUAUUGUGUCUGCCAGAACCUGUCUGAAUCAUUAGGGACUCUUUGCCCCUCUAAAGGCCUCCUUUUCGUACCACCAGACAUAGACAGGAGGACCGUUGAACUCCGACUUGGAGGCAAUUUCAUUAUUAACAUUAGCAGACAGGACUUUGCCAACAUGACUGGCCUUGUUGACCUCACACUGUCUAGGAAUACUAUUAGUUAUAUACAGACUUUUGCUUUUGCUGACUUAGAAAGUCUACGGUCUUUGCACUUGGACAGUAACAGGCUGCCCAGCAUUGGGGAGGAUAUUUUGAAAGGCCUGAUCAACCUUCAGCACUUGAUUCUAAACAACAACCAACUGAGCUUUAUUUCAGAUGAAGCUUUUGAAGACUUCUUGCUCACCUUGGAAGAUCUGGAUCUUUCCUACAAUAACCUCAGAAGCAUCCCUUGGGAAUCGAUAAGGAAGAUGGUAAAUUUACACCAGAUUAGCUUGGACCAUAAUUUGAUAGAUUAUAUUACAGAGGGGACAUUUGCAGAUCUUCAGAAGCUAGCAAGGCUGGAUCUGACCUCCAACAGACUUCAGAAGCUUCCUCCUGAUCCCAUAUUUUCCAGGUCCCAAAUAUCUCCGUUAACUUCAACCCCAUUUUCCCCACCUCUGUCUCUAAGCUUCGGAGGAAACCCCUUGCAUUGUAAUUGUGAGUUGCUUUGGCUGCGGCGUCUUGACAGAGAUGAUGACAUGGAAACUUGUGCUUCUCCUCCAGGUUUAAAAGGGAGGUACUUUUGGUAUGUCAGGGAAGAGGAAUUUGUUUGUGAGCCCCCUUUGAUUACCCAGCAUACUCACAAAUUGCUGGUUUUAGAAGGACAAACGGCCACUUUAAAAUGCAAAGCCAUUGGAGAUCCAUCUCCAGUCAUUCACUGGGUAGCUCCGGAUGACCGGCUUAUUGGGAACUCUUCAAGGACAGCUGUCUAUGAUAAUGGCACCUUAGAGAUUUUGAUUACAACAUCUAAGGAUUAUGGAACAUUCACCUGCAUAGCAGCCAAUGCUGCCGGAGAGUCUACUGCGACAAUUGAGUUGUCGAUUGUCCAGCUUCCUCACCUCAGUAAUGGUACAGGUCGGGCGGCCCCACCCAAAUCAAGACUUUCUGACAUCACCAGUUCCAGCAAGUCGAAUCGAGGGGAGACUAAGGGGCCACCGGAAAGGGCUGUCUUGGUCUCUGAGGUGACAACUACCUCGGCUUUGGUCAAAUGGAUGGUGAGCAAGUCAGCCCCGAGAGUUAAAAUGUACCAGCUGCAAUAUAACUGCUCUGAUGAUGAAGUUCUCAUUUACAGGAUGAUCCCUGCUACGAACAAGGCUUUCGUGGUGAACAACCUGGUUUCUGGAACCGGCUAUGACCUUUGUGUUCUGGCCAUGUGGGAUGACACUGCCACAACGCUCACCGCUACCAACAUUGUGGGUUGUGCCCAGUUCUACACCAAAGAGGAUUACCCCCAGUGCCAGUCCAUGCACAGCCAGUUCCUUGGUGGGACAAUGAUCCUAGUAAUAGGAGGGAUUAUUGUGGCAACUCUGUUGGUCUUCAUCGUCAUUCUGAUGGUCCGGUACAAAGUUUGCAACAAUGCUCAGGGGAAGAUGGCUAACGUCAGCAAUGUCUACUCACAAACCAAUGGUUCCCAGCCUGUCCAGAAUGGGGUUCUACCACAAGUCAAUCCCAAAGUGGUGGUAAGGAACGAGCUCAUGGAAUUUAACUGUGAAUCUGCACACAGCAGCAUCUCUUCUUCUUCUAGCUCGGUGAAUAGUCGUGACUGUGAUGGCUACAGCCUCCAAAGUGAGCAGGGCACAUUGUCCAGUAAGUGGAGGCCUCCAUCGAGGUCAAAGCACAACAUUGAUCGGCUCAUGGGAGCUUUUGCCUCCCUGGAACUGAAGUGUCAGAAAAAGGAGGAGACAGUAGACUCCAGAACUUUAACAGUGGCCCAUCACUCGGACAAGGAGCCACUGCUGGGGCAGCAGGAGUCAAAAUUUCGGGGCCUCCUCAUGUUACCGCUGGAGGGUAAAACGAAACGUAGCCAUUCAUUUGACAUGGGGGACUUUUCCACCUCUCAGUGUUGCAACUACCCCAAAAAGAUCACAAACAUUUGGACAAAGCGCAGUCUCUCAGUAAAUGGCAUGCUUUUGCAGUAUGAUGACAGUGACCUAACAGGGGCCAAGGGGACUUUUGGGAGCUCAGAGUGGGUAAUGGAAAGCACAGUGUAAAUAAGAUUUGCCCUCUGUUCCAUUCUCAGCCCCUCCGAGCAGAACAAAAUCUGCAAUUGU